AUGUUCGGAUAUGAUAUGUCUUGGGCCUCGUUUCAUGUUUUGGAAGUCAUGUCAUCAUCCAAAUUUCUCCAGAAAAGAGCCGGGUAUCUCGGGGCCUUACAGAGCUUCAGGCCAGAAACUGAAGUUCUCAUGCUUGCAACAAAUCUGCUCAAAAAGGACAUGACAUGUCCCAAUUUACACAUAAUUUCUCUUCCUCUUAUAACCCUCCCAAAUAUCAUAACUGCGUCUCUUGCAAUGUCUUUGCUCCCCGAUGUGUUAUCCAGGGUUUCACACACGAAUGCUUCAAUUCGAAAGAAGGCAGUGGUAUGCCUCUACCGACUUGCAUUGGUUUAUCCCGAAGCUCUAAGGCUAGCAUGGCCCAGAUUAAAGGAGCGUCUGAUGGAUGACCAAGAGGAUAGUAGUGUCAUCACGGCUGUGCUUAAUGUCGUUUGCGAGCUAGGAUGGCGAAGACCCCACGAUUUCCUUCCACUUGCCCCGAGAUUUUUUGAAUUAUUAGUGGAUGGAGGUAACAACUGGAUGGCAAUCAAGAUCAUUAAGCUUUUUGCAACAUUAACCCCGUUAGAGCCACGAUUGGUCCGAAAGCUUAUUCGUCCGCUUCUGAACAUAAUCCAGACAACCUCGGCCAUGUCGUUACUUUAUGAGUGUAUCAACGGCAUAAUACAGGGUGGUAUUCUCGAUGGCGAAGGGGCGCUAGAGGAAAAGCACGAGAUCGCAAAUGUUUGUGUCUCAAAGCUACGAGGCAUGGUGGUUACAGAUUUCGACCCGAACCCAUUGCUUGCAUUUAGUAGGAUCGUGGUCUCGUAUCCGCAUUUGGUUGUGACACACCAGGAUGUUAUAAUGGAUUGUUUGGAGGAUGCAGAUAUCUCAAUUCGUCUUCAAGCCCUCGAGCUAGCGGCUCGAAUGGUUACCAAGGAAACAUUAGCAUUUGUGGUCGGGCGGCUAAUUAGACAGCUUGAGGAACCUCAAGAUACACCACCUAACGGAGAUGGCUUGGAUCAUGAAGACGUCACCGAAUUGCGAGAUCAUGUCGGACAAAGUGAACAACGGGAAUGCAAAUCCCAUCUUCCCGUUCCUGACGACUAUCGUGUCGAGGUUCUGCACAGGAUUCUAGACAUAUGUUCUCAUGACAACUAUUCAAAGUUAGCGGACUUUGAAUGGUAUGUCAGUGUAUUGAUCCGACUUAUGAAACACCUUCCUACAAAUGCCGAAGAGCGUACUGCGUACCAGAGGCUUGAAAAUCACUACAGGGACGAUGUGGCAAGCCGAAUCGGGUUGGAGGUGCGAAAUGUUGCCGUUCGUGUUAGGAAUGUGCGGGUGGAAGCCACUAGAGCCGCCGAGUCUCUGCUUCUCAUUGACAAUAGGCAAUCGGUAUCUGUGAGUGCGUCUAAUCCUAUUCAUGGUGUACUGGGUCCUCUGGCUUGGGUGGUUGGGGAAUAUGCCGAGUAUCUUUCGUCCCCAGGCAAGACACUCCAGUCGCUCAUCGACAUAUCUACUAUAUCACUAUCUGGGGGAGCUCUUUCUCUCUUCGUUCAAGCAGUUCCAAAAGUUCUCGCUCGCAUCGUCCAUGACUAUGGGGACUCAUGGAGCGUGGCACAGAAAAACGAAGUCUCGCUUUUUCUAGCCCGAAUUGUUGAGUUUCUUGAAUUGUUGGCAGAUCAUCCCGAUUUGGACGUACAGGAAAGGGCCAUCGAAUUUUUAGAGAUUAUGCGGUUGGCUGCAGAUGUGAUGCAAACCGGCGGCACCCAACAGACCCAGGUGCCAUUCCUAUUGUCUUCAGUUAUCCCAAGUCUGUUUUAUGGGCUUGAGCUUAACCCGGUAGCGCCGAAUGCCCAGAAAAAGGUUCCUUUGCCGGACCAACUCUGUUUGACUUUGCCGUUCAAUAACAGCGUUCGUAGGUUGUUCGAUGGCAACCAGGCUCGCACAUACACGCCACCCAAUGACUUUUACCAUGACCGGAAGACACAGACCCCAAGAGACCUACAAAACGAAUUUGGCACGAGCAUCGCACUCCAGGGUUCAGAAGUUGGCCCCGAGCUGGCGGCCAUGAAUUCGCGGCAGAAAGUAGAAUGGAGACAACGCAAUAGAGAUGACCCAUUCUACAUUGGUGCUGAUCAGCAGAACAAUGCCGCAACAUCACUCGAGCCGGCAUCAAGUACCUCGCAUAGCGAGGGUUUGGAUAUCGACUCUAUUCCAAUAGUUGAUCUCAAGAUAGGCAAGCUUGAGAAUGUCCCAACACUCAUGGGCACCACACCAUAUGACGGCCCGCACAACUUGCCUGCACAACCCAAAAAAUACGAUGUUAUUCCAGAUGAGGUAAUCGGGGCUGAAGAAACAGGUGUCCCUGCCUCCCACGACGAGCCUGUUAAGGCGAGGAAAGGUUUACUGCAAGUUGAUUCUAGUGGGCUUAGGCACUUUACUCUGGGGGCGGAUACUGGCUCCAAUACUGGCGGCAUGUCUGGUAAGAAUGAGGACGAUGUAGAGAUGGCCACAGCGAUGAAGGAAAUCGAGAAGGCUCGGCGAGAGAUGCAACGGGCGUCUGAGCGUGUGUACCUCGAAGGUACACCCCCCGAAGGGACACUUGUAAAAAAACGAAGAAAACAAAAAAAAUCCAGUCAUGGUAGGCUUCGGAGAGCUGAUAUACCGGAGAGGGAUGGCCAACCGUCUUCAGCGCAGGAGAAGGGAAGAAAAACAAACAAUACCCCAAGAGAAUAA